AUGGCGCUCUCUCGCGCCCAAAAGAAGCAGGCUGCGGCGCAGAAGGCCGCCGCAACGAAACAUCACAAGCGCGCUGCCAAGGCUCGGCUGCUGGGCGAUCAGCACGAGGUGAUCGAUGCUCUCAACACUUCGCUCACCCCACGCGUCAAGGCGCGCACCGAAGCCAAUUUCGUGCGCAUCCUCACCUUCCUGUCGCACUACACCUCCGAGAUCCUCAAGAUCGACGUCGAGGAGGCCGAGAAGCGUCUCCUCACCGCCAAGGUUUCGAUCGGCGUGCUGCGCCAGGGCUUCGCCGCGUACGCCCUGCUCGGCGGCGGCGGCCGCCUCUCUGCGCUGAUCAAUGGCUCGAGCACGGGUGUCAAUGGCGGAUACGGCCUGGAGAAGCUCGAUCCCAGCGAGCAAGCCCGCGCAGACCGCAUGGCGCGCAUGCUGCACGUCGCUCGCCACCACCAGCGCCCUGGCUCGCAUGUCGCGGAUGAGGAGCUGAUCAAGGAUCUGCCUCGUCCUGGGCCAGACGAUCGGCCCAUGACCUUUGAAGGCCUGAUCGGUGUCGUCAAAGCCUUCUUCAGCGGAGUGCGCCGCCGGGCCCAGGCCGCCUACGACCCUUCGACGAUGGCAGGCGACGUCUCCUCCUCGUCGUCGUCCAAGAAGUCGUCGUCGACACCCUAUGCCGACAACGAGCCGUACCAGACGACCUGCUGGGCGCGGCUCUUGGAGAACCAGGGACUCCUGACCAUGGCAAAGCGUCGCAAACACAUCUUGACGCCGGCCGAGAUCGAGGCGGUGCUUGCGACGCUGUGGAGGGUGCAGGUGCCGACGAUCGAACGCAUCUGCAUGCUGUUUGUCGUCACGCUGCUAGAGGCCACUGGCCUGCGUCCCGGAGAGCUCUUUCGCUACGACCACUACACCGACGAGCGACCCUCGGAGGAGCGCACGUCUGCCUUCCUCUGGUCCGACGUAAAGCUCAUCUACUGCGGCAGGUACGUUUGCGCCCGUACCCAACGUACCGGUGACGCCGACGACGGUGCCGGCCCUUCCACCCCCCGUACCGCCCUUUCCACAGAGCCGCGCUUCCGACUCGAGAUCGAGUGGAAGUUUGGCAAGGGCCGGAUGGCGGGCGAGAUCAUCCCUACGUCGAUCACCUCGCAGAAGGCCGAGACGUCGCAUCACUGUGCAGUCCGUUGGAUCCUGGUGCUCGCCCAAUGGCUCGACGUCUUUGAGCCACAGACCGACAAGGCGAUCCGCGACAUGGUCUACGAUCCGUCCAGCACCGCCCUCGCCCCCAACACUCUCCUUCGCAUCAAGAAGGCCUGGAAGGACGUGCCAGUGCUGCUAGCCGAUCGAUCGAGCUUCUACGACCAAGACACAAAGCUCAACAAUGCUCACAACAUGCGCCUUGUGGCCAUGUCGAGUCGAGACGCUGCCACUUGCCUCCAGCAGAUCGCCAAGCUGCUCGGCUGGGACUCUCUGGCCCCGUACGACUUUCGCCGAACCUUUGCAACCCUGGCGAAAAACAGCGUCUCCCAGGAGCAGCUUCGGCUGUUGAUGGGCCACCGACACGCCAACUCGCGUGUCGUCGAGACGGUGUAUCUUGCCGACCAUGUGCCCAUCGACCAGGCCGCAUUUGCAGCGGGGGGUCGCAACAUCGACCAGCUGUACUCCAAGGAAGCUCGCGAGGCAGCUGGUCGCUCCUUCGGCAUUGCAGCACCAGCAGCGUCGACCACGGUGCUGGCCAAUCCCCACGUCGCCAAGUCGCUUCCGGUGGUGCGCAAGCUGCGAGAAGCCGUCAUGUCCGACCAGCUGCUUGCGUGCAAGGUGCCGCGCCUCGCAAUCGACCUGAUCAACGACGACGGAUGGAAGGAGCACCUGUCCAGCGAGCAGGUCAGCCUCGUUGAGCGCCUGCAGGAGGCGGAGACCGACUUUCUCUCUGCCUACGGCUGGGCCACGGGACAUGUCGCCAAUCCUACGCACGCCACCGUCGCAUCGUCGUCGUCGUUGACGCUGGUGCCCUCAGCCCCUCUCGGCGCCAAAGGCGGCGGCCAUUUGUCGUCAUCCUCCGCCUCUCUUGCCGCCGCCGCCGCUGCCGAACGUGGCCCUCCUACCCCUCCUACCCCUCCUACCCCUUCUACCUCUCCUGCUGCUUCUGACGCCACGGACGAUACUCUGUCCUCCGACCCGUCCUGCGCCAAUUACUUUUCGGCGGACGAUAUCACGGGCCAGCAGUGGAUCAACGAGUUGCUGCAGGUCAACCGCAGCCCUGUCGAGAACAUGACGCACGCUGAGUUCUUCAACUUUGUAGGCAGCUACCUCGCCGUCGCCGAGACCGAGCGGCAAGGGCUGUGUGCGAUCUGUCUCGAUCGGGAGCCUCGCGACGAGGUGGAAGCAUCCUACGCCGAGAUGGGCGAUUACCAGAACUCAGCCACGUGCUCCGAAAGAGGUCUAUGCAACGCAGGCCUGCCCAAGGCGCAGAGGUACGAGGCACUCAUCCUCUUUCACCGACAUCGCCAGGUGCCUGUGAUUGGCCUCGACGCGGCACAGCUUCGGAAGCUCUACCGACACGCCGUCAAGGACAAACCGAAGGCACAAGCCAUGACCGCGUCCGCAGCGACAAUGUCUCGUUGGCAACUCAUCGAGGCGGUGGUCGGCAUGUACGGCUCGCGUUGCGCACCCAACGGCAUCCUCAACGACGCCUCCGACUGGGACGUCGCAGCGCCGACCGCUCCGACGCCGCUGGGAGACGGGACCAACGUAGCGCCUGCCUCUUCCUCUUCGUCGUCGUCCGUCGGCGCGAUCGCCAAUAGAGCCGCCGUCGCAGCUUCCACCUCUGCAGCUGCACGCAGGUACUCCUGGGAGGCAGGCGCCGACACGACCAGGUACGAGGCAUCUCGUGCCGCCCUUCGCGCGGGCGUCAACCUCAGGAAAGAGUCGCCAAAGCCGUACGCCGACAUGAAAACCGGCGUCAUCGCCGACCUCAUCGCAAAGGCAAUGGCGAAGCCAGGCUGGGCGCCAUCGGACGUGUCUCCUCGUACGGGUCAGUACACUCCGCCCGCCCCGACGUCUGGCGAGAUCGAGGGCAUCACGCCUCUGUCGCUUCGAUGCCAGUCCCUUGACCCGCACCGGCAGGGUCUCCGAGGAAUCGGCCGACUGGCUUUGCUGCAUAAGCCGCACGCCUUUGCGAACCGCGCUCUCUUGCUGGUGCAUAUUGUCUCGCAUACCCAAGACAUCAACCCCGGCCUACGAUUCUGCUGGCUCUGCAUGACCUGGAUGGAAGGCGAGCCUGAGCAUCUGGACGAGUGCCGCAAGCGUCACUUUGCCGCCCAGCCUCGCCCGCUCACGUUUGAUGCUUACACGCUACAGCUUCGCCUGCCUGGAGCGCCACGAUCCGAGGCAUUCGGGACUGCCCGCCUCCCGUUCAGCAAUGCCCAAGGCGCCCCCCAAGAGCUUCGAGACUGGCUCAGGCAGCUCUUCGCUUCGCUGGUCGAGCAGGUAGAAGCCGGCAGAAGCAGCCCGCGCAAGGGCAAGCCAGCGCUCGUUCGAAGUAUACCGUACAGCUGCCCCGUGCUCGAAUGCCCAAAGGUCAUGAUUGGCCUCACUGCGACCCUCAAGCAUCUGGCACAGGUUCAUCGCUUUCCAGUCCUGUCGCGACAAGGUGUGACGAUCUUUGAUGGCAUCAAGCCCGACGAAAAGGUCCACCCACACAUCAGCUUUGCACAAGACGACACUCUUUUGCGGAUCAAGGACCAUUAUUGUCUGGUGACCGACGAAAGAUGA